GCUUCUUUCUUUGCCGCAUAGGUCAUGUGACAGGGAUGGUUUACUUCCUGGAUCACUUGUUUUUUGAAAACGAUACAUUCUGGACAAAACACAUUCGUACGUUUGAGGGAUAACGCUAAUAUACGAUAACGUGACAUAUGUUAGAUAAAUCAGAAGGAUUAGCUGUGGCGUUUAGCUGGUCAGAUUAGAUACAUUGUGCCAAAGAAAAUCUUACUACGCGAAAAAGCAACUGUAUGCUAACGGUAGCAAGGAAAAUCUCAUGUCGAUAUUUUGCAUUGGUGAUAUGCCAUUCGUAAUAGACAAAAACGACACAUAACUAGACUAUCUAGAAGCAUUUACUGACAGAGAUUGGGUCUUGUAUUUUUCUUGCGGUAAGCAAAAGCAUCGCUUUUGACGUGUACGCUGUGCUGAGUUUCGUUUUCGCUGACUGCAAGCAAGAUGUCGAAGUACACAAGUUUUCCUGAACCAUCCGAGGACCACAACCCAUUCCAGGAUCCUGCAGUAACACAACAUAGCAGCAACACGGGAUAUGCCACACUGGACCUCUAUAAUCCUUUUGACAAUAAAACUGGGCCCCCUCCUCCGCCAUAUGAGGCCACAUCCCCCACCCCCCCCUCUGUACCAGCAGUGACCCCCCCCAGCCGCACCACGCCCACCGAGGCUCGCAACUAUGGCUCCUACACCUCCCAGCAGGCGGCGGUCAACGCCACAACAGCGGAGCUCCUGAGGAAGCAGGAGGAGCUUGAGAAGAAGGCCCGUGAGCUGGAGAAGAGGGAGCGGGAGCUGGAGUCCCACGGCCUCGGACCUGGAGCCUCUCGACAGAACAACUGGCCGCCAUUGCCGGCGUUCUGCCCCGUGGGUCCAUGUUUCUACCAGGACAUCAGCCUGGAUAUCAGUCAGAGCUUCCAGCGCACUGUCACCAUCAUGUACUACUUCUGGAUGUUCUGUGCUGCUACUCUGCUCUUCAACCUUGUCUCCUCGCUGGCAAUGUUCAUCGUGGACCCACAGGGCGGGGUUGGCCUGGGACUAGCCAUUCUGUGGGCUCUUCUCUUCACCCCCUGCUCCUUCGUUUGUUGGUACAGGCCUGUGUACAAAGCCUUCAGGACUGACAGCUCCUUCAACUUCUUUGCGUUCUUCUUCGUAUUCUUUGCCCAAGUUGUGGUCUUUGUAAUCAUGACCAUUGGGAUACCAGGAUGGGGGUUCAGCGGCUGGAUCGUGAGUCUGGCAGCUCUGAAGACCAGCGUUCCAGUUGGCGUGAUCAUGAUGAUCAACGCCAUCUUCUUUACGGCUCAAACAGCCUUGGGCGUCAUCAUGCUUAAGAAGGUACACUCUAUGUACCGGCAGACGGAUGCCAGCUUCCAGAAGGCCCAGGCCGAGUUCGCCACCGGAGUGAUGGCCAAUCAGGUUGUGCGCAAUGCCGCUACAAACGCUGCCCAGGGGGCCUUCGUUGGCCCUCGAUAGAGCCACAUAGAGAAAGAUCAGGAGAGGGGGGGGGGGGGGGGGAGAGACAGAGACAAAGAGAUAGAGUGCUUAGGUCCAGUGCGUAGUGGGCCCUUGAUCUGCUGCCCAUGGGAUCUAGUUUUCCCCUUGAAUUUCCCACCCUACGGGUCCUUGGCAUUUUUGUGUAGGAUCAAAAAUGCUGCCCCUUUGGGGGCAGCGAGUGAUCGUUGCUGGAGUCGUGUGUGUUUUGUAACCGUGUACAGGACGAGGUUUGCAAGUGGUCAAGCCAUUCAUUUAAAAACAACUGGAAUCACAGCAGCAAUGAUAGAAAAGAGGUGUUUAACGCUUUUAAAAUAUUUAUUUUGAAAGCCAUACGCUUUUAAGACUGGAGUAAAAGACUGUUGUAUAGUAUUGUCAGACAUGUUUUUUUGACCGCUGUUUAUGGAUGCAGGGUUUAAUGGGUGCCAAGUAAAACAAGGUACUAUAAAGCCUUGGUGUUUUUUCCUUUUUAAGAUGAAAUUGUUACACUACGUCUGGUUAGUAUGGAAAACUGUGUUUAUAAGAACCAAAGGCUGAUAAUGAAUAAUUUGAAUUGUGAUGUAAUUAUGUUUAAUCCAUAAGUGAAUGGUUUAACUUUCUUUGGAUAUUAACACACGUUGCUGCCCGUACACACGUUAACAUAUUGCGUUAUUAUUAUUUUUCCAAAAGAGAAUGCCUGUGUACCAUAUUGCCAAAAUGUGUUGUAGUCUAACUGCAUAUUAAUGUACCUGUCGUUUUUGUUGUGAUAUCUGUAUUUUUUCUGUUGAUGCUGUUUGUAUGUAUUAUGGUUGUUAAAGAUUGCUAACAAUGCAUUUUUUUGUUUGAAUAAAGAGAUGACAUGCUGAAUAA